AUGGCUCAAACUCCGCUGCAGUUGUUGCAAUCUCGCACAAGUGUGGCUUGCGCCACAAUUGAUCUCGAAGUCCCAAAAACCGUUGGCUCAUUCGUGGAUUGCACGUCGGACCAGGUCAUUGCCUAUCUUGAGCUUCAUAAACCUGAGCACAAGAAGACAAUCCGAGAGGCCGUUAGUUUCGCUUCCAGCAAGGAGAUUGUUACAUUGUACCCAACGGUCCCUAGGGAAGAGCUCGUAGUUGAAAUUAUUACGAACCCUCAUUUCUGCUAUGAUACCGCUGCAACGGUCGAUAACGCGAGAAGUAAAUUGGGAUAUACACUUCAUGGAGAUCCUUGGUGGCUGAUAUUUGUAGGAAUUGUGCAUGUUUCCGAGAUCCUAAACCCGGAUGUUGACACUAAGCGGAUUUGCAUCAACAUACCAAGUACUUGGGAAGGGCUUCAAGCUUGCCGCAUACUUGAACCAACAAGAAUUACAACUCUAGCAACCGCAGUGUUCACCCUGGAACAAGCAUCCCUCGCUGGUGAAGUCGGGUGUCACUACAUAGCGCCUUAUGUCAAUGAACUGGUGGUCCACUUCGAUCCAGAAUCAUUCGACGACGAAAAAUCCCUAGACUUCUCCGUGGCUGCCCAGAGGUAUUACAAAGAGAACAACAUAGUAACCCAGGUGCUUGCAGCAAGCCUGACAUCGGUAUACGAAAUCAUGGCACUUGCUGGAGUUAACCACAUUACGGUGGCGCCAGUACUGGCUCAAGAGCUUGCUGCGGCGCCGGUUACUUCUCUCGAUCUGAAAUCAAUUUUUGAUUUUCGGGAAUUUAAGGGUCCAUUAAGGUGGCUCCCGCGUUCUCUACCACGCUUUGCAGACGACCACAACGCUUUCCUAAGUUCCAAUACGCUGAAGUUGGCAAACGAAGGACAAUCGAGGCUGGCCAAUGCAAUCGAAAUCUUCCGUGGAUUCCAGGAUAAACUGACGCAUAUGAUGAAGAUAGAGAUGGCGGAAAUGGGAAUGGAAAAGGGUAUUUAA